CCAACAACGGUUGCCUAUAUUUAGUCGCAUGGCGUCGCCGGACCGGCCGAUCGAGCUCGUCGAGGACCUCCUCGGCGCGCUCCUCCUCCUCCUCGCGGUGGCCUAUGCCGUUGCGCUCGAGCUCACGCGCCGCCGCGUUCUGUCGCUGUCGCAGCUGGCGUUUGCGCUGGCGGCGACCAUUGGCGUCGGCGUCGUCGGCGGCGCGCUCGAGCACCAGCUCUCGAACGAAGUGCUCGAUCUCGCGCUCUUUGGCUCGUACACGCAGACGUACGUGGCGCUCAAGGUCGCACCGAUCGCGUGCGCAGCAGGCAUGAGCGUCGGCGUCGGGAUCUACCUCUCGCUCUGCAGCUGCGCGUGCUGCUGCGACGCGCCCGAGAUGGACGCUGCGAGCCACGAGAGCUGCAUUCUGCGGCGACUGCGGCAGUCCACGUCCGUCUACCUCGUGUCUGCCCCGACGCUGUACCUUGUCAUUGGCAUGCGCCUCAAUGCGCGGAUUCGACUCAGCGCCAUCAAGCCCGUGGGCGGCACGCUGCACUGGCAAGCCCUGCAGUGCCCGCUCGUGCUGUCAACCAUCCACAUGGGCAGCCUGCUCCUCAUUUUGCUCAAGCGCAUGCUCGACCACGCCGCGCCAUCGAGCGACUUUCCUGCGAUUGCUGACGCGGUCGCGUCGACACCAAUCGACAAGAAGGCGACACCGCGACCAUCCGUGUCGCCGCGCCACCGCGCGCUCGGCAAAGAAUCUGCAAAAGAGGCCAAGUCGUCGCCCGCCAAGCCAGGCGCAGCCAGCACCAAGAUGCACAACAGCGUUGUGCACGCUCUCACAGUUGCAACAGCAGCGUCGCCGGUCAAGAUGCCCGAGCCCAGCAGCCGACUCAGCCCCAAGAUCCGCCCCAAGCUCACGCUACCGGAUGCGAUGGUCGGGGUCCGGGCCAAGGCCAAGCCAGCGAUCACGUCGCCGCGCAAGGACGAGAGUGAGAGUCGCCCACGCGCGCGGUCGGCGCUGCCGUCGCCAGCGACGUCGGUCGAGUCGGACGCGAGCUUCAGCAGGCCACUGGGAAAAGCCCACUCGGACCAUGAGCGGCCGCGCGUGGUUGCGCGCCGGCGGAGGUCGGGUCCGCGGGACGACGGCAACAUGUCGGGCCUCAUUAGCAGUGAGAGCGAGACGGACGAGGACAUGCUCGUGCCGUCGAGCAGCCGCCAGUUCACGUCCGAGUUUGCGAUCGACCACAACCUCGCAAUGCCACUGCAAGACGACGACCGCUGGGUGCUCUGCUACGACGAAGCGACGGGCGCACCGUACUACUACUGCCACGAGACGGGCGAGAGUCGCUGGGAAAAGCCCAAGUGGGAGUAGCAACAAACGAGUCGCGAGUCAUGUUGAAAGAGCCAUAGAACACCAACCCAGACAAGCUCACCACGUUAUCUCUACAACGCUGCUGCCUUGGGCGACGAC